AUGUCCGAGACCUCCAAGGCUUCGAGGAGCAUCGCGUCGGCGUCAGUGUCCAUCGUUUUUCAAUAUACACUCCUUUUUGAAAAGUUGAAAAAAAAGCCAUCAAAGUUUGACGCAGCCAUGGAGGUUGAGGCAGCAAGAAUGAAGCAAGAAAGCAUGGAUAUUCGUCUCAAGACUUCACUGAUGAAAGGAGCCUUCGAGAAGCAAACUGAUAUGCGAGCUGCUCUCUUUCAUGAUGUGAUCAGCUCUUGUACGGAGAAUUCGCCGGCAGAAUUGAGCGAAUCUAGCAUUGUUCCUGUCCAGCUUGAAGAACCAGAAGACAAUGCAGUUCCAUGCGAUAUCCUCCCAUACUUGAAGGCUCAAGUUUACGAUGCCGUCUCAGGGCUCAACAUGGAUCAAGAUGUUUGCAGACACUUGAAGCUGCUGGGUCUUGUAAAUAAUGCAUCAUUAUCUGUCAUGCACCAAGAAAACAUGUCAACGUUGAUGAAAUUUCGUCGCCAAGAAUACGAUCUCUAUUUCAGAAGUCAGCCGUACAACAUGUCGCCGAGCGAAGCAAUUCGAACCUUCGGUUCGGACAGGGAAUUGCUUUACGCCACACACAGCUCAAUGCAAGUGACAAAUCAACCCAUUUCGCAGGGAAUCAAACCUCUGCACAAGACAUCAGAAGUGGACAAGAAAUCUACUCAAAGGGUAGCACGGCCAAGGCCGAAAUGGCCAAAGUCAAUAUCACUAAGUGGAGACGAUGAAGACAAUGAAAGUCGAGAAUCUCCAGUGAUCUAUCGAAACCUGAGCAAGACCAAGCGAAAGCACGGCACUCAAAGGUCAAACAGCUAA